AUGAGCACAUGCCGAUGGUGCACACUGGGUGGUGCUGACACCACCGAGUUCCUGAAGCAGUAUGCAGCUCAGAGAUUGUCCCAGGAAGAUUUUGAAGGAUCCAACGAUGAUCUCUGUUACUGCCUGGAGUGUGUGGUUGAAUACCACAAAGCAAGGGAACAAUUUCCAAGGCUGCACGAGGACUUGUGGAACUUGGAAACCUCCCGACUUGUUGCCCACAUUGAGAAAUCCAUGCAGAAGGAAAUGGGAGAGGAUGAUGAGUUGUUCCUAGUGGAUGAGAAUGGGGAGACACAACUGUGUGGCUAUGUGGGCCCAGAUUUUGAGAAUCACCUGCGAGUGCCUCUUGUAGAAAUACUGAAGUAUCCAUACCUGCUGCUGCAUGAGAAAGUCAGUGAGCUGUGUGUAGAAGUGCUCUGUAGAAUGGAACAAAGUCAUGACUCCUUUCAGGUCUUUGAAAAAUAUCCAGGAAUUUAUCUCUUUUUGGUACACCCAAAUGAAGUGAUCCGGCGCUGGGCCAUCCUGACAGCAAGGAAUUUAGGAAAGGUUGACAGGGAUGAUUACUAUGACUUAGAGGAGGUGCUGACCUGUCUGUUCAAAGUGAUUGAGUUGGGUCUUUUUGAGAAUUCAGAUAUUUACACCUCUUCAAUGUUUGAGAAGGGCAAACUCAUCCUUCUGCCAGCUCAUUUGUAUGACACAACCAACUACAAGAACUAUUGGCUGGGGAUUUGCAUGUUGCUGACAGUGUUGGAAGAACAAGCUAUGGACUCCUUGUUACUGGGACUAGACAGACAAAAUGACUUCAUGCAGUCUAUACUUCACACCAUGGAGAAGGAAGCAACUGAUGAGUCCACUGACCCCUUCUGGCCUGCCCUGCAUUGUUUCAUGGUUAUUUUGGAUCAGCUCGGAUCGAAGGUUUGGGGUCAACUGAUUGAUCCUGUCCAGGCCUUUCAAACCAUCAUCAAUAGUGUGAGCUACAACAAUGAAAUCAAAAGUAUACGCAGUAGCUUUCAUAGGACAAAAUCUGAACCAGAGUCAGACUAUGGCGACGACAUGAUUACUUGCAGUCAGAUUGUGUAUAAUUAUAACACAGAAAAGCCUCAAAAGGACACUGGAUGGAAGGCUGCCAUUUGUCCAGAGUACUGCCCCAACAUGUAUGAAGAUAUGCAAACUCUGGCUAAUGUGCUGCAGUCUGAAACUGGCAGAGACAUGCGUGUCCAUCACAGCACAUUCCUCUGGUUCAUCCCUUUUGUUCAGUCCCUGAUGGACCUCCAGGAUUUGGGUGUAGCGUAUAUAGUGGAAGUGAUUCACUACCUCUGCGCAGAAACCAAAGAUAUUCUCGAUGAAAGAAUCCAGCAGUGUGACAGGGUCUCUGAGUUUUUCCUCCUCAUCUUGGUGUCCAUUGUUGAACUGCACAGAAACAAAAAGUGCCUGCACUUGCUGUGGAUUAGCUCCCAGGAAUGGGUGGAAGCAGUGGUGAGAUGUGCUACACUUCCAGCAAGAGCAUUUACAAGGUGCACUGAAAAAUCCUCUGGUGGUUACUGUGUGAAAGGCUCAGCAGCAUCAUCUUUACAAGCCUCUACCUCAGUGCAGCACUCCUGUGUGCAGCUGAUCCGCAGCCUCCUUAAGGAAGGCUAUCAGCUGGGGCAGAAUGCUCUCUGCAAGCAGUACCUGGACAAACUCAACCUCCUCCUGCGAGGAAAUCUGGCUGUAGGUUGGCAGCUGAACGUGCAGGAAACCCAGGAAUUACAAAUGUGUUUAAAGCAAGUGAUAAGAAACAUAAAGAGCAGAGCACUGAGUGCCUCUAUGGCUGGAAGAAACAAUGCAAACUCUCCAACUUUGCCUACCAUUUCUAUAAAGCAAGAGAAGGUGUGUGGUGAUGGGUGCAAGACAAGUGUGCAUGAGAAGGAUGAUCUUUACCCACCGUUUGUCAUAGGAAAGGAAGGUGCAAAUUGCCAGGAGAACUUUUUCCCCAGAAGAAAGAACACCUGGGAAGAGGAAUGUAGAGAUGCACCUAAAAGUUCAACAUCUUGGACAUCCACAGAAGGCCUCUUGGUGGAUAUUAAAAAGGAACCUGAUGACUUGACAGCUCAGGAAUAUGUUUUGCCACAGAGCACUUUGGCAACAAAACUACAUAGGAAAGUUCAGGAAGAUAGGAAUCAUAUUGUGGCAAGGAAGUGCAAUACAGGUGAUCAGGGCUCUAAUUCCAGUGCCCAGUGUUCAGGUCUCAGAAGAGGCAGAGAAUUGGAAAUCAGAGAUGAAGCAAAACCUGUAACACCAACAUGUUUGGGUGCUCAGACUCAUCUUGGUGCUCCAGAACAUCUUGACAGCUCAAAUGAGAAGGAAAGCAAUAUACCUCCCAGUUCCUCUUCAGAGGUUAAAGUGGAUGUGCAGAGAGUCAAGGGCUUGAAAAACAAGUUACAGGAAAGCAAAUGGCUCUCAAAAAUGUCACAGCCAGAGAAACUACAUGACUUGAAAAACUGCAGUUUAUCAGCAAGAACUACAAAACCAGAGGUAGAGCAACCUCAGGUUUGCACUGACUUUCUGUGUACAAGCAAAGACUCUUAUAAGCAUCAGGGAACUAAUACUGGGUGCAAAAAUGAGAUCUCUGCUGAUGCUUCAUCUGCAAGGAGUUGCAAAGAUAAGCAGGAGACAAGUGUCAACAGUAUGUUUCAAUCCAGACUGCUCCCCACUAAACAGGUAUCAAAAGAAACACCACCAGAUUGCUCCAGCUCCUCUAAAAAUGACCCUAGUGUGCAGGAGAAAGAAGAUGACAGUAUUUUGCUUUUAGGAAUUAAUGACACCUCAGUGAAAAAAGUAUCAACAGAAGAAAAAUCAAUUUCAUUGUUGAGGUCUAAGGAAGACACUGACAUGCAAACUUCAGACCAGGAACAGUCUCAUUUAAAUGACUUGGUUCAAUUUGAUAGUAAACAUCAAAUUUCAAAGGCCUUUUGUAUGGAUAAAACUUCACCAAAUGGUUGCUUUCCAUCCAGCUCUGAAAACAAGAGGGAUACAUCCAACCCUGCUGCUCAGGUCAGGCCACUGUCAGUGAAAUGUGAAUCCAGUGAUAAAUUGUUUAAAUUUUCAGAAUAUUUCAAGAGGGAAAAGACUUCAGGGGCGAAAAAAGAGGAGAGUUUUGUGAAGAUGGUGUCUGAAGAUACUACUCUAUCUGACUCUCAGGUUGACAGAGAUCUCAGUAAAUUAUCUUUAGCUGCUUAUGCUAAAAGUGUCAAUUUUUCCUUUGAGUCAAGCCAAGAAAGUUCAGUACAAUAUAAUGUGUGUAAUAUUAGAAGGAAAGUGAAAGGUGCUGUAAGAUCUUCCAAUGAAGACCAAAGAGCCAAGUCUCCCUGUAACGCAGAUUGCCAUAAAAAUCAAGUCAUUGUAGUUUUAGACUCUUCUGAUGAAGAAAAACGUUUGUCUGAUGAGGAGGAAACAAAACUGAAGGGUGAAAAUGUGUGUCCUGCAGAGCAGCCUUCAACCUCCAGCAGCAUUUUGGAUCGUGAUGUCAAAACAGACUCCAAGUCUCCAAGCACUCCCUUGUCACUGGAUGAGUGUGAGUCUCAGUACUUUGAAUUUGAAACAGAAGCUGAGGUCUUCUCUGCUUGGCAAGAUACUCAGGCAUAUGCUCUGGAAGCAACUCAAGAGUAUAAGCAAAAUGAUGUUACGACAGCAACUGACAGUAGCAAUUCAGGUGAAUCCCUGCAUGAUAGCACUAAUGAAUGGGGUUAUGAGGUGGAUUACAUAGAUUAUGAUACCAUGGAAGAAGGAGAAGCAAGCUCAAUAGAAAACAGUUCUCAGCAGAAGGAAACUGAUGGUACGAAAGAAGUGACCAAUUCAACGUCGCAAGAAUCUGCUAGUAAGGAAAAUGCAAAAGGUCAACUGGAGAAUUUUGCUGACAAAGGUACUGCUGCUAAAGUCUUCACCCCGGACUCAAAACUACCUGAACCCAGAGCAUCUACAUCCACAGUCUCCUUAGCUGCAAAGUUGGCCCUGAAGAAAAACAGCACAAGCCCACAGAAGAUGGUAGCAAAAUCUAAACUAGCAAUAGCCAUUCAGAGAAGUCCUAAAAAACCUCCUGUUAUUAAACCAGCCCAGGAUAAAAAACUGCUUCCAAGAAUACCAGAACAUUCUCAACCUGGUAGGUCAUUGCCUGCUGUGGUUCCUCCAAAGAAGGUUCGGCAGUGUCCUGCACCAGCAUCAACUGUGGAAAGGCUUGGGCUGAAGAAGGCUCCGCGCAAAGCCUUCGACCUGUCCCAGCGCUCCCUGGAGAGUGUAGCUCUGCUGCGCAACCACGGCAAAGCUGCAGGGAGGGUUGGAGCUGCACAGGGACAGAGGGCUAAACUCAUCGAUGCUCAGAAUUUGUCUGUGAAAUACAACAAGAAAUUGCUAGCCUGCCAAGACCGCCAGUUUUUAAGGCAGACGAGGCCCAAAAAAAGUGUCAGGGUGAAAAAUCCUGCAGGAAGUGCUGAGGGUAGGAACAAAAAGGUUAGUAAAGGAUGUGCAAAAUCUAUGAAACAGGGUUUUGAGCUGACGUCUGUUGAAGGAUCUGUUAGAGAGAAAAAAAGAGAGGAGACUACUUAUUCUUUUGCCAGUGAGAGAAGAUUUGAAAGCUGCUCUGGGGAGGAGACCUCUACCUCUAAAAUGCCUGGUUCUUCAGGCUGGAACAGGAAGUUGGAGGAUAGCAGUGUUCCUGCUGUCCCUAUGGAUUCAAGCACCUCUUCCACUGCACUUGGAGAUGGUAAAGCUCAAUCUUCAGGAAGAGGUUCCACUGUCCUGCCUGAGUGUGAGACAAAAACUUCAAAAGCAGAUGGGUGUAAACCAGAUGAAAGUGGUGAAGAUGAUGAUAAUCUGUUUUUAACUCAGUUAGAUCCUGUGGAUAUGGAAUUAUGUUCUCAGGAUGAAAAUUAUCAAGAUACUGCCAUAGCUAGUGAAAACCCAGAGGAAACAAAUGUUGCUAAAAACCUUCAGCAGAAUGAAUCCUCAGCUGUUGUGAAAUGCAGUGACAAAGACUGUACAGAAAAAGUGGGCAAAGCUGGAGAGUCCUGCAGCAAGCAUACAGCCACAGAUCAUGUGUUUGCCAAGCCUUCCCUUCUGCCACCCAAAAUCAGAAAGCCUUCCACUACCAAGAUUUUCAGCUCAGCAAGCUCUUCCCGGAAUGCAGCCUUCAGCAAGGACCUAGAGAAUGCCACGUUACCUCCACCUUCCAAAAGCAAAGUGAAUGCAGUGAGACCAGUAGUGGUCUGGCCACCACUCCCACGGGCUGUACCAGCAGGGAAUCAAGUGUGCAAGACUCCAAGAUUGAGUAACACACCUCAACCCUAUGUCUCUAAUAAUAUUCUGCAGUCCCAAACCAGACAGUAUGAUAAUGCUUCCAAUAUCUCCAGAGGGUCUGGCCGAGGAGUUUGUUCUCCCUUUCUUGGUGGUCAGCAGAGAGAUCACAGUAUUUUUGUUAAUCAAGUCCUAAAGUGGACUUAUGAUAUGUUUGCAAACUUCAGCCACUUUGGAACUCCAAGUGUUCUUCUGCAGUCUGUGGUAGCUUCUGUUCCUGUCCAAUUUCAGGGCUACAAUGAUUAUUUUGAUACCUUUUUCCCCUUGAUGAUGCUAAAUGCCUUUGAAACACUGGCACAAGAGUGGAUAGAAAACCAGGGAGGGAGAGAGAAGAGUUACUGCUUCUACUUACAGACCUUCUCUGCUGACAUGAAUACAGCACAUUUUACAGCUCCAUUUCGAGAAGCUGAUUUGGCAAGGCAGCUGCAUCCAAAGGAGGAUGACUUAAUCCUUUUGCUUUUUUUAGACACCUUUGGGGAAGAAAGUGGGGUGGAGAACCACAUAGUGAAUCACGUUGGUCUUGUGACACGAUUUUCUCGUGCGUCUGGGUAUGCAGCUAGACAAAAGGAGCAGCUUACUGUCUGUCAUCUUUCUGUGCAAACCCGAGGCAACUUGUCAUUCUUCAUCCAAAAGCAAGUGAAGUGUGUGGUGGUUGGUUCCCUGGUGACCACACACCGAAUGUUCAAAGGUCUGCUGCUGCUGAGCAGGAGUCCCCUGGCUAAACCCAUCUUAAAUCCAUGCUACAAUGACUUCUGUCCCAGAGACCUGACCAUAGCCUCAGGAAGUGCUGCUUUGAACAUGAAUGAGUACAAUGAAGACCAAAAGAGAGCCAUUGAGACAGCUUAUGCCAUGGUAAAACAACAUCCAGGGCUUCCCAAGAUCUGCCUCAUCCAUGGACCACCUGGGACAGGGAAAUCAAAAACUAUCGUUGGACUUCUGUCUCGUGUUUUGAGAGAAAACACUAGGAAUGAGAAGACAGCUCGGAGAAAGAAUUCCAAGAUCAAACCAAACCGUUUCCUGGUCUGUGCACCUUCCAAUGCUGCUGUUGAUGAGCUCAUGAAAAAGAUCAUUGUUGCGUUCAAGGAAAAAUGCCAAAACAAACAGGAACCUUUGGGAAACUGUGGUGAUAUCAAACUAGUGCGACUUGGUGCUGAGAAAGCAAUCAACACUGAAGUCAGAGGAUUCAGCCUGGAUAAGCAAGUUGAACACAGAAUGAAACGAAAACCAGGGGACUCUGACUGGGAUAUCCAGAAGAAGGAGGAAGCUCUGGACCAGAAGCUGGACAUGCUGUCUCGGGAACGUGCCAUGCACAGAUGUGAGAAGAGAGAGAGCCAAAAGUUAGAUGAUGAAAUUGCCAGACUUUCAAAGGAGAGACAACAACUUGCUUCUCAGCUAAAGGAGGUUCGGGGGUACUCUCAGAAGGUACAGGCAGAUAUCAUCCUGGAAUCUGACAUUAUCUGCUGCACCCUGAGCACCAGUGGAGGGAGCCUGCUGGAAUCAGCCUUUUCACGGCAAGGCCUCGAUCCCUUCAGCUGUGUCAUCGUGGAUGAGGCAGGGCAGUCCUGUGAGGUCGAAACACUGAUCCCACUGAUCCAUCGCUGUACUAAACUUGUCCUUGUUGGAGAUCCCAAACAGCUCCCUCCUACUGUAAAAUCAGUAAAAGCUCAGGAAUAUGGCUAUGACCAGUCCCUGAUGGCUCGGCUGCAGAGGCACCUGGAGGAGCAAGUGCAAAGGAAGGUGCUGCGGAGUCUCCCUGUCGUGCAGCUGACUGUGCAGUACAGGAUGCACCCUGACAUCUGCCUCUUCCCAUCCAACUAUGUGUAUGGCAGAACUCUGAAGACUGCCAGAGCAAUAGAAGAGAACAGAUGUUCCUCAGAGUGGCCAUUCCAGCCCUACCUUAUCUUUGACGUAGCAGACGGUCGUGAGGAGCGAGACAACGACUCUUUCAGUAAUCCUCAUGAAGUGAAGCUGGUGAUGGAAUUAAUCAAAACAAUUAAAGAAAAGAGGAAGGAUCUGGGUCUGCGUCGCAUUGGAAUAAUUACCCCUUACAGUGCACAGAAGAAGAAAAUUCAGGAACAACUGGACAGUGUUUUUAGGAACAACAGCCCAGGAGAAGUGGACACAGUGGAUGCAUUCCAGGGAAGAGAGAAAGAUUGCAUCAUAGUGACAUGUGUCCGGGCAAACAGUACCAAGGGAUCCAUUGGGUUUCUGGCCAGCCUUCAGCGCCUGAAUGUCACCAUUACCCGAGCCAAGUUCAGCCUCUUCAUCCUGGGCAGGCUGCAGACACUCAUGGAUAAUAAAGACUGGAACAAAUUGAUUCAGGAUGCUCAGAAAAGAGGUGCCAUUAUUAGGACAGCAGAAAAAAAUUACAAGAAAGAUGCUCUGAAGAUUUUGAAGUUCAAGCCAGCACCACCAAGCACAGCAGGGACAAGGACACCUCCUGUGGUGCAGACUGGUUCUGCCAGCAGCAAGAGGAGUGAGCUCACAAAUCCUGGGAGCAGCCCACAGGAAGGUGCUGCUAGCCCUGGCCAUGCAAUGCCCCAGGGAAGCAGAGGACCCCCCCAGCCUCCAGGGGCUCCAGCUGCAGACUCCAGGAGAAACUCCAGGAGAAGCAGUGCCCCUGCACCCACGGGGGCUGCAGCAGUUCCUGCCAAUCCAGAGAAACCACGGGACCCCAGGCUGGCCAGUAGAACUGAAGGAAAAGGGAAGGAACAGGUUGUGAAAGACAACAACUGCCCAGUCCAGAGCCAUCCAGGAUCCACAACACAGCAAGGCCUGGCUGUGUCCUCAGCUGCCAGGGAUCAGGUUUCCAGAAUAGGUGCCAGGGAUCAGAUUUCCAGAACAGAAAACGUUAAGAAGCCCCAGGAAACAAUAGGACAAUGCAAUGUGCUUCCCACGUCUUCUUACAGCGCUCGGCACGAGGGUGACCAGAGAGGAGCUGUGUCCAAAAGCAGUUCAGGAGCCCCCAGUGAGAGAGGUCAGAAGAACAGCAGUGAGUGGAGCAGAGACUGUCGUGGUUUAACAGGGAGACCACCAGAGGAAUCACCAGAGAACACAGACCCAAGCUCUGCCAAGCGAAGGAAGAUCUUUCACUGA